AUUUGAACGACAAAUUUAGAGCCUGAUUUCAAUGAGCAUUCAAUUUAGGUCGUAGGGAAUUUGCUUGGCUUAUGAUCCUGGUGGAUUUCAUAUCUUGCCUAACAAAUACAAAGAAACAGAAAGUACAGAAACGGAUCCCAAUGUGGUACUAUAUUUCCGACAGCAGCAGGUUGAUGAACAUGAAAAUAAAACUUGCCGUACUGAUACUGUGGUGGUAUUCGUUUCGUUGUUUUCUCAGACACGCAGCAGAAGAUCUUGAACAAACAUAUUACCGGUGCUGAGAGAACCGCACGUCGCUGUC